AUGGUGACUCAUCAAAGAGAAAGUUCUCUGUACGGCGGCGAGGAAUUAGCCAUAUCAGCGUGGAAUGUCCGAAUGCUUAUGGACAUUGCAAGUCAAGCGAUCACCCUUUCUAAAUAUCGCGUGGAUAUAGUUUACCUAUCGGAAACCCGUCUUCUUCAUUUCGGAUCUCAAGUAAUUAUAAUCCUGGCUCGGAGCAGAGAUACUGGCUAUGGUUAUGGUGCUUCGAAUAAUGGCGUAGCGACUGUCAUGUCUGACAAGGCCCAUUCCGCUUUGAUAGAGUGA